AUGGUUAACCAAUCAGAAACAAGAUCAUCACAUAUAGUAGUGAUCAUCUUCACCUUCACAGUGUUGAUUGUCCAUGCUUACUGUUGGCGCCCUUUUUAUGCCCCUCUCCCUUUCAUUUUACUUCACGGGGUUAAUAAUCAGUGCUCCAGUUCCCAGAGCACCCUGUACGUUAAGCAGCUAAGCGAAUGGUCCAACACCACAGGAUACUGCUUAGAGAUAGGAAAUGGGGUCCAGAGUUCAUGGCUUAUUCCCCUUGAGAAACAGGUCGAAGAAGCUUGCAAAAAAGUGAAGGCAAUGAAGGAACUAUCGAAGGGAUACAACAUUGUUGGUCUUUCCCAGGGGACUCUGAUUGGUCGAGGAAUCAUAGAGUUUUGUGAAGAAGCACCACCGGUGAACAAUUUUAUAUCUAUAGGAGGACCACAAGCUGGCAUUGCUUCAGUACCUCAUUCCAGUGUUAGUGAAAAUGAUACCGUAAUCACGCCGAAGGAAAGCUCGUGGUUUGGAUUUUACGAAGAUGGAAGCACGAAUAACAUAUUGCAACCUAAGAAGACUAAGCUUUACGUCGAGGAUUGGAUUGGUUUGAAAACAUUGGACAAAGCCGGAAGAGUAAAAUUCAUAAAAGUUGGAGGAACUCAUAUAGAAGUUUCGGAUGCUGAUAUGAAGAAGUAUGUUGUUCCGUUUCUACAUAAUAAAUGGCGUAGACUAGCGGAAGCGGAGUAUGGUGGUGACGAGGCGGUCAACACUACAAACUCGAAUGCGGUCGGAGAAUCGAACAAACUUGGAAUCAUCAAUGAAGGAAACAUGUAG